UUGGCAGUUUUAUUGGGCCCUAAAGAGAGAAAGAAAUCUGGCCCCAUAAUAGUCUCAAUACCACUCAGAGUUAGUUAUUGGGCCCUAAAAGUUGCGUCUCCGUAAACCUGUUGCUCUCGGAAAAACGUUCAGAGAGGGUUUUCCAUUCUCUGUGGCCGUCACCGUCGCCGUAAACUUGCUCUCUGUUCUGUAUCUCCGAUUAGAUAACUGAAAGCUCAAAGGGAAUUGUUGUUACAAUGUUUCUUACGCGAUUUGUCGGGAGGAGAUUCUUGGCGGCUGCAUCGGCGAGAUCGGAGUCCACUACUGCAGCAGCUGCCUCAGCGAUUCGGACGCCCCAAAAUCCACUCGAAGAGUUCUUUGAGUUUGACAGAAGCCAGGAUGAAGAUAAACCUGUUGUCUACGGUCGAGGUUGGAAAGCUUCAGAACUGCGUCUCAAGUCAUGGGAUGAUCUUCAGAAGCUGUGGUACGUUCUUCUCAAAGAGAAAAACAUGUUGAUGACUCAGCGUCAGAUGCUUCAAGCCCAGAACAUGCAGUUUCCAAACCCUGAACGCAUUCCAAAGGUGAGGAGAUCAAUGUGCCGCAUUAAGCAUGUGCUUACAGAGAGAGCGAUUGAAGAACCAGAUCCUAGAAGAUCAGCCGAGAUGAAGAGAAUGGUAAAUGGUAUGUGACCCAUUGGCUCUUGUUUUGGCAACCUAGCAGUAAGCUCGAGUCUAUUCGCAGAGGUGUCUAGUUUUUGGGAGUAAGAAAUAACGCAAGAGGUUGAAGAAGACUUGGUAUUUUGUCCUUUUGGAGCUGGUCUAGUGAUUGUCAUUGUAGUGUCUGGCAGUAGAAAAAUGUUUGGUGGUAUCUAUAUAAACAUUCCUGUAACCUAUGGUUGAUGUUUCUUUUUAAGACACAAGUUGGUCAGUUGAUUCAGAGC